UAUUUAACAUUAUACUCAAAUUUGAUGUCUUCCAAUAAGUUUACACGUAUUCAAAUAGAUUAAAAACAUCCUUAAUCCAAUAUCUAUAUCACUACUAGAGAUUUCUUAAAACCUAAAAAUCAAACUCAAAAGAAAUAGAAACUUGAUUAGUUAGCAUUAAUGGAUAUAGUGGCUAUCAUUAAUUUACAGAAUUAAGAAGUGCUUUUUGAAGAGAUUCCACAUCUAAAUCCAACAACAAUUGAGAAAUGCUAAAAGUACACUUUUUACGAAAAUUAAGGAGCUGUAAAAUUGAUUGAUGUAAUUAAUUCUCUUUGUUACAAUCUUAGGAUGUACUUAAAGAACAACGAAAAUCAGUGGCCAUUUUCUGCGACGAAACAUAUGAUAAGUCUCAUUAGUUGCUGGUUUGCUAUCUUAUUUAUGAUAAUUUCUAAAUUACAGACAUCUAACAAUUAGAUUCGCUAGGAAAUAAAAUAUGUGAAAUUAAUUUUGAGGAGAAGAAAAUUACAUUAAUUGAAAAUAAAUUUCAGAUCGUUAGAGGAUUUGAUAGAAACUCAUUAUUCCCCAAUUAUAGAUUUAAAACUGAAAUUUAGCAAAUGUCAGAUGCUUUGAAGUUUCAGUAGACCUAGAUGGCUAGUAAAAAGGUUUAUUCUAAUUAAUAACGGAAUUUAUAAUACUUUUUCAAUGCUGAUAAACUGCUUCUAAGAAAUCCUCCAAAUUUAAUGAAACUAUCAUAAGAAGGUAAUAGAUAUUUAACAUUUAGAUUUUAAAGAGAAAUAUUAUAGUAAGUUAGAAGAAAUAAAGAGUUAGCCAAGUGUAGGAUUUUGUAGUGCAAUUGUGAUUAAAAAGAAAUGA